UUACAUUUUGGCGGGGAGCCCGGCGUGGCCGGGCGGUGGCUCCGCCAGUGCAUGUGCAUAAGUUUUACCGGUGGUGGUGGUGGCUAACGACGCCGGAGGGCAGGCAAAGGGCAAAGGCAGGGUGGUCCCGUGCCUGAACUCUGAGUUGAAAUAGCUUCAAAUGACACCCAACCUGUUCGAUACUACUCUGUACCUAAUUUGGGUUUUGUGACGGCCGGGGAGCCGGGCGAGGCACAAGAGUUCGUUUGCCAGUGGAGAGGACUGCAAUGCAAGUUCCGAUCAGCUCCCAGACUCAGCGCGUAGCUGCCUCCCGCACUGGACCUACGACCUCCGUACAAGAGGUGGUCGUUGACGGCGGCCACGGGCUCCCUCCCGGCGGCGGCAGGUGGGCCGCGGCCGCCGUCAACGGCCACCUCUUGUACGGAGGUCGGCGGCGAAUGGGAUUGGGACGGCAGAUCGACGCCUUCCGCGGAUCUGUGAUUCCCAGGUGUUCCUACAAUACAAUUGCCAUUUGGCUUGAGUGAUUAGGAGCUUCACUAAGAUGAGGUCCGGCUUCAUUAAUUUCCAUGUUAUCGUUCUAGCGUUUGUCUAAUAGAGGUGAAGAGGCAUCUGUGCUAUUAACUGAUUUCCCAAAUUUGGUCUGAGUUAGACUCAAAAACUUGUUAGUAUUUGGUUACAGAUACAUAUGUGAUUUCGAGAUGUUCCUAUAACUGCCAUGUGGCUGUGGUUAGGAGCUUCUACAAGUAAAGAGCUAGGAUGCCACUGACACCACACUUCCUGCUCCGUGCGCCGCCUUGGCUCCGGCUUUGCUGUCGAGCUCCACCGAGCACCUGUCUCAUAGCUCUGCCCCUGCGUCACCUAGCGACAGCAUAUGUUUUGAGAAGGUUGCAGCGGUGAGCUACAGCGGCUUGAUCGUGGCCCCGGAUGGGUCUGGACGUGCUCUCGUUUGGAACCAGCAGGGCAAGGUGUGGUUGGCGUCCAUGCCGGCAGCAGAGGAGAUGGGGGCUGCCAUGCCCAUGCGGGUGGGUGACAGCCCGUUCAUUGACCUCUCCAGCCUUGCACGCUAUGAUGAGGCGCGUGGCCUAUGUGGCCUGGUUAGUGUGGUUUUUCACCCACGCAUGGAUGUCCGGCUCUUUGUGUCUUACACCACCAAGUCCAACGACGACUGUGGCCACACAGCUGUGGAGGCGUCAACAGGCUGGUGCACCAUCCUCGUAGUAAAGGAGCUCUCCCCAAGAGAAGGUGGUUUCAAGGCUACCACGGUGUUCUCCAUGGACGUACCUGCGGCCCAGGCUGGGUUUUCACUGCUUGACCAUGGAGGCCAAAUUUUCUUCCGGCCCAAUGAUCCAUCCCUUUACCUCGUCACUGGGCAUGGCGUUUCAACAGAUUUCAUCUCAUCUAACAAGAGCUCAUUGCUAGGGAAAAUCCUUCGGCUCCACGUGGACCACGACAUGCCUGGAACUGAUGCUGAGGUCUUCUUCUCUGGUCUCAACAUCCCAAGGGGGUGUGCCUUGGAUUAUUCUGGAAGUCUGUUCUGCGCCAACAUCGAUGAGGUAUGUACACAUAUGUACAUUGUAUGUACAUACAUAAUAAAUAAAACGACUAUUGAUCUGCAGACACAAGGAGAGCUGGUAUACUUGAUCUUCGACAACAACCCAUCCUCAGCCACCUCAGUCGUCGUCCUCGACCUCAAACAUCCAAUGGCGCCAGGGUCGAUUGUCUGGGGUCUCCAGUACCACGGUUCAGCUGACGCCUCUCUAAGCGGGAGGUACAUCUAUGCAUACAACUCUGCACUUUGGUCGGUCACUAUGGAGUCGCAGCCAAGCAGCGGUCGCUACACCCUCACCCAAAUGGUCGUGGCUUGCUCCAGGACCACCCCGAUGCCUUGCCAAGACAGCCCCAUCGUCGUCUCCUUUGCUGAGGACCAAAACAAGGAGGGCAUUAUACUCGCCACAGAUGGUGUGUAUAGGAUCGCUGCAUCCAGCCUCUGCGCCGGCGGCCCACUGGGGCUGGGGCUGGGGCCGGCGCCUACGCCUCGUCGUCACUCGUUGGGCAAGAUGGUGGCUGCAGUAUUUGGAUCAGCGGGUGCCAUGGGAACGGUUUGGCGUGGGUGUUCUGGAAGAAACAAGAAGAUGGUAAGGAUUCACCAUGUUCCAUCAGCAUCAAGUGUUCCCCCGUCUGCUCAUGCUGCAACAACACCAACACGUGCAUUUGGUCCUGCUGCUGAGCUGCUCCUAGUAGGUUUGGUAAGGAUACACAUAGCCUUUUUCAUUCAACUUAAGUGCAGUGUACAAACAGGAGCUGGAAAGGCUCCCAAAUUACAUUGUGAAUUGCUUUCAGACUUGGUCAUCUAAGAUGUGGAUACAAGUGCAAGAAUAAAUAGUAUUUUUGAGCAGCAGAUGUAAACGCCGGGUGUGCCAAAGUAUGGGCUGGGCUGUAAGGUUCAGUAGGCGUGAAACUUUGUGAACUGUAGUCUUUUUGUUGCGCAGCCCCAAGAAGGUAUAGGUUUUGAUAUUCCAGUGUAGAGGGUUGAAGAGAUCUCUUGAAUUGUAGAAGUUUGCGGGACUGAUUAUCAGUGAGAAAGUUCACUAAGGUAGAGAAUUGUUUUGCCACUCUUGCUGCUAGGCA